AUGUCUUCAAAUUAUAGGCCCGAUUCAAACCUCGAUGGCGGAUCAAAGAUGUCUCAGAUCUAUGGUCUAACAGUAAUGAUACUACAAUUCGGAGCACCGACAUUGAUAUGCACAUUAUGCUAUUGGUCUAUUAGUAGAGUGAUUGCAAAACAAAUAGUGAAACGGCGCGAAAAAGAAAAUUUAUUAAAAUCUCAAGAAAAGAAGCUUCACGACAGGAGAAGCAAAGCAAACAGAAUGAUGGCAUGUAUGGUACUCGGUUUUAUACUGGCAUGGCUACCGCUCAACUUAAUAAAUCUUUCGAGGGAUUUUAAUGGUGUUUCUACUUGGUUUUCAACAAUAUUUGCCUUAUGCCAUGUUAUUGCAAUGAUCUCAGCUAUUUGUAAUCCAAUUAUCUAUACUUGGUUCAAUCCUAAUCUCAGAGCUAUUCUCAAAUCAAUGGUAAAAAAAUCAAAACAACAUAAUUUACCAUUAUCAUCAAUAUAA